UACAAGCCUACUUAUAAACUACAAAUAUUUGAAGAAAGAUCACAUUGGAAUUAUGAUCGCUUUACACUUUUUUCCUAUCGUGUUUGCAUUUCUUCAAUCACACAUCUAUCCAAGGCAAUCAAAGAAUCUAAUCUUCCAGAUAUGAGGUAUUAUAUAUUAGUCAGUACCACUUUAAAACUUCUUGCUUCUAGCUCUUGCUGCUGUUGCUACUAAAUAACUAAUAAGUGACACCAGUUCAAUAUUAGCUCAAGAGUCAUUACCAGCCAUAGCUCUCUUAAAAUCUUUGAAAUAUUUAUUUUCCGGGAGAGACAGAUAAGACAUCCCGACAUCCCUACGUUUUGAUAUCACCAAUAAUAGAGGAGGGGAUCAUGAAAACUCCAUCUCAUCAUCACUCAAUGCUAUACGUUUUAAGCCUUCUUCUGUGUUUUGCAGCUUUCUUCAUCGUAAAUAAUGAUGCUAGAAAAUUAAGUGGAAGGGAUAACGGCCCGCUACUAGUGUCAAAAAGUUCAGAAGACAUUAUUGAAUCAUCAGAAAUCAAUGGCUUCGACGUGUAUUUAUCUUCAGAGGAUUCGUCCAAUUCAGGACCUUAUGGUGUCAGUUCUCCCUUCAAUUUGCCACCUUAUGAUUCUCUUCCUCCAGUUCCAGAUACCCCUCCUUUCUGUCUUAAUCCACCUUCACCUUUCACUCUUCAACCUCCACCAAGUGGAGGAGGCCCAAUUGUAAAUCUACCUCCAAGCCCAUCAUCCACUAUCAUCCCUAGCCCACCCCAACAAUAUCUUCCUCCUAUAAUAAUUCCCAACCCACCCCAAUAUUUUGAACCUAGUCCUCCCACAACAACUGUUCCAACCCCAACAGUACCCAUUCUGAGCCCACCUUAUUAUUACGAGCCCAGCCCACCAAGUUAUUAUGUUCCAAUUAGCCCACCCACUGGGGUUUUUCUUCCACCAGUGAUUUACCCACCUCCGGUGGUGCCUCCACCGCCACACAUAGCGCCGGCCAUGGCUCUAUGGUGUGUGGCAAAGCCGUCAGUUCCAGACCCAAUCAUUCAAGAAGCCAUGAAUUAUGCAUGUGCAUCUGGAGCAGAUUGUGACCAGAUUAAUCCCAGUGGAUCAUGCUUUCAGCCCAAUACUUUAUUUGCGCACGCCUCUUAUGCCUUCAAUAGUUACUGGCAGAGAACUAAGGUGGCUGGUGGCACUUGUGAAUUUGGAGGCACGGCCAUGCUUGUCACAGUCGAUCCUAGUUAUGAUGGAUGCCAAUUCGUCUAUAACUGAAUGGAUGAUUUGAUUUUUUGUUGUUUCAUACUACGAGGAAUAGUUCAAGAAAAGGUUAAAACACCCAUCCGAAAUUUUGUAAUUUUCAGGUGGAUGCAUGCAUGCCAGAGUGUGGAUUACGUACUCCAAUUCUCUUCCGUCUAGGAUUAGAAACAACACGUCUUUCCUUGACGAAUACUCUUCUUAUAGUAAUUUGAAAUUGAAAAUGGAAAUGUAAUUGCAAAUAUCAUUAAUGGGAUUUAACAUUAUCUUCAUUUUUGUAAUAGAACUACUAAUACACUAA